AUGACUGUAUCAACUGCUGGCUCCGGCCAGGUCAUUGAGUACAUUCAGGACAAGCUAUACCUCGCCUCCUACGAUCAUGCCCCCGAUGCGAAAAGUGCCUUUCCCUACCCUACCGAAGCGCCGAAGUCUCCCAGCAAGCGACGAGCACAGGCAGCUACACAGAGCAAGAAGCGCAGCCCUGUCUACUUCACGGUCGAUGAUACCCUCCUGUACAACUCGUUCCAUGCGGACUUCGGCCCGCUCCACAUCGGUCAUCUCUACCGCUUCGCCGUUCAUUUCCAUGACCUCCUCGCUGCGAACAAUGAUCGCGCCAUUGUUUUCUACUCCCGAACGGAUGCUCGAAGCCGCGCGAACGCUGCCUGUCUGGUUGCUUGCUACAUGGUCCUGAUCCAGUCAUGGCCGCCGCAUCUGGCGCUCGCUCCGAUUGCGCAGGCAGACCCUCCAUACAUGCCGUUCCGCGACGCUGGAUACAGCCAGGCGGACUUUAUUCUCAACAUCCAGGAUGUGGUGUACGGCGUCUGGAAAGCCAAGGAGCAGGGAGUGUGCGGAUUGAGAGAUUUCAGUCUCGAAGAGUAUGAGAAGUUCGAAAGGGUUGAUAUGGGAGACUUCAACUGGAUCAGCCCUGACUUCCUCGCUUUCGCUUCGCCACAGCACCAACCGGUUGCUCCCGUCCCCCGCGAUACCCCAGAAUACGCCGCCCUACCUUCGACCGUCUCAGAAGUCCGAUCAUCCAAGCUUCCUCUUCCUUUCAAAAACGUUCUGGAACAUUUCUCAACUCGUGGUGUCGGACUCGUUGUGCGACUGAACUCCGAGCUGUACUCACCGUCAUACUUCACUGCGCUCGGUAUUUCACACAUCGACAUGAUCUUCGAGGAUGGUACCUGCCCUCCGCUCCCGCUGGUCAAGAAAUUCAUCAAGAUGGCCCAUGAUAUGAUCAACGUCCGACACAAAGCCAUCGCUGUCCACUGCAAGGCUGGUCUCGGACGUACAGGCUGCUUAAUCGGUGCUUACCUGAUCUACCGAUAUGGGUUUACAGCGAACGAGGUUAUUGCUUUCAUGCGAUUUAUGCGUCCUGGAAUGGUUGUUGGCCCACAACAGCACUGGCUCCACCUCAACCAGGGAUCUUUCCGGGAGUGGUGGUUUGAGGACUGCAUGAAGGAGAAGCUCGCUCAGAUGCAGCCGAACCCGGUUACCCCUGGCCGGUCACCCGCGAAGCAACGGUCCGCCCCGGUCGCCACGCCACCAAACAACGGCCAAUCGAAACGAUCUGCGCUGGGUGAGAUUGACAACAACGAAGCCACCCCUGUUUACGAUGACAACCUACCGGCGCCUACACCAGGACAGCCCCGCAAGUCGCACAGGAAAGACUCACGGCAUCAUCCUUACUCUCGCACAGUAUCAGGCAGCCUCGUUGUGGAUAAAGAAGCGAGAAAGGCCAGACGCAGCACGGACAGCAGUGAGAGUGAAGAAGAGGCACAACUGCGGAUGCUCGCAAAGCAGCGUUCAUCAAAGUCACCGGUGGCAUCGUCCGGCCAGCGCUCUAUUAGCUACUCCGGAACAGUGACUGCGAGCUAUACCCUGAACGAAGAUAUCCAUGAAGACAGGGAGAACUGGGAAGCUGGCGCACAAGUACCCAAGACGCCGGUCACGAGCAAGACUUCGGGCUCUGUUUCCGUGAGCAGGGUCCGGUCCAGCUCCCGCCGAACCACCGGGGAGUCCAAAUCCAUCCGGAAACCCAGUGGACGGAUUGGAAGUUCCGGCAGCCCUGUGCGAGUCAAGGCUCAGGCAUGA